AUGUGUCCAAGACCGACACCAAAGUGUCCAGGACCCCAAUGUGUCCAAAAUCCCAAUGUGGCCAAGACCCAAAUGUGUCCUAGACUCCGAUGUGUCCAAGACUCAAAUGUGUCCAAGACCCCAAUGUGUCCAAGACCGACCCCAAAGUAUCCAAGACCCCAAUGUGUCCAUGACCGACCCCAAAGUGUCCAAUACUCCAAUGUGUCCAAGACCCCAAAGUGUCCAAGACCCCAAUGUGUCCAAGACCCCGAAGUGUCCAAGACCGACCCCAAAGUGUCCAAGACCCCAAUGUGUCCAAGACCGACCCCAAAAUGGCUAAGACUGCUAUGUGUCCAAGACCCCAAAGUGUCCAAGACCUCAAUGUGUCCAAGACCCCAAAGUGUCCAACACCCCAAAGUGUCCAAGACCCCAAUGUGUCCAAGACCGACCCCAAAGUGUCCAAGACCCCAAUGUGUCCAUGACCGACCCCAAAGUGUCUAA